CGUGUGUGUGUAUGUUUUGGUGAAGUCUUUAACAAUGGCAAAAGCUCAUUUGUCAGUGUGCGAGGACGAGUUUAGCUGUCCAGUAUGUCUGGAUGUUCUGAAGAAUCCUGUGACUAUUCCAUGUGGACACAGUUUCUGCAUGGAGUGUAUCACAAGCUGCUGGGAUGAAGAAGACCUGAAAGGUGUUUACAGCUGCCCACAGUGCAGGCAGACCUUUACUCCAAGACCAGUUCUGUUCAAAAAUACCUUGCUUGCUAACAUGGUGGAAAUGUUUAAAAAGUCUGGAAUUGAGUCUCAUUGCCCAACUCUGACCUAUGCUGAACCUGGAAUUGUGGAGUGUGACGUCUGCACUGGAAGAAAGCAGAAAGCUAUCAAGUCCUGUCUGGUUUGCCUAUCCUCUUAUUGUGAAACUCACUUCAAGGCUCACAAUGACCUCUUCCCAGGCAAGAAACACAAUGUGAUUGAAGCUGAUGGUAAACUAAAGGAUCUGAUCUGCUCUCAGCAUGACAAACUGCUGGAUGUCUUCUGUCGCACUGAUCAAACAUGUAUAUGUGUGCUGUGUGUCAUGGAUGAACACAGUGAGCAUAAAACAGUUUCAGUUGCAGCAGAGAGAACUGAGAAACAGAAAGAGUUGGGUCAACUCCAGAUGAAAAAUCAGCACACAAUCCAGGAGAAACAAAAGCACCUGGAGGAGCUGAGGGAGGCAAUGAGGGUGAUGAAGAAAUCUGCUCAGGCAGCAGUGGAGGACUCUGAGGGGAUCUUUGCUGAAAUGAUUCACUCCAUUAAGAGAAGAUGCUCUGAGGUGACAAAGCUGAUCAGAGAUAAGGAGAAGGCUGAUGUAACCCAAGCUGAAGAACUCAUGGAGACACUGGAGCAGGAGAUUGCUGAGCUGAAGAAGAGAGAUGCUGAACUAGAACACCUGUCAAAAACACACAAUCACACAAGCUUUCUCCAGAGUUGUUCGUCAAUGUGUUCCUUAACUGUCCAAGAAAGUUCCACAUCAGGCACUAGUUCAGAUGUGUCAUUUGGGAAAGUGACACAGAGUGUGUCUCAGCUGAAAGACGAACUGGAGGACUUCCUUAAACAGGCGGCAUGCAGUAUUAUAGAGAAUGCCGAACUCAUCAGCCUGUUUCAGCCUCGGGAGCCCUUGACCAGAGGUGAUUUCUUAAAAUAUUCCUAUAGACUUCAUCUAGAUCCAAUCACUGCAAAUAAAUAUCUUCAUCUCUCUGGGGGAAAUAAGAAAGUUACCGCCACUGCAGUGAGGCAACAGUAUCCCAAUAAUCCAGAGCGGUUUGACAACUGGCAACAGGUGCUGUGUAAAGAGAGUGUGUCUGGAAGAUGCUAUUGGGAGGUGGAGUGGGCAGGGGCGCAGGUUUUUGUUGCCCUUUCAUCUAAAGCGAUCACCAGGAAAGGACAGACAGGAUCUCAGUUUGGGAGCAACCAACACUCCUGGAGUUUGAGCUGUUCACACUCCUCAAGCUUUUUCAUACACAAUGGAAAGGAAACCAACCUCAAUGUAAUCCCCAGCUCUACAAUUGGAGUGUAUGUGGAUCACAAAGCUGGAAUUCUGUCAUUUUACAGUAUCCACGGUGACACAAUGACUCUCCUGUACAAAAUACAGACCACAUUCAUUCAGCCUCUCUAUGCUGGCUUUUGGAUAGGCCUUGGCUCAAAGGUACAUCUAUGCAAUUAAUAAUGUAUUUUUUAAUAGGCUGGCGAGUGCCAGCAUUCCAUCCAUUCUUAUCCAAUCAACUGUAUUCAUCUCAGAAUCCUUUGUGUCUUUACAAUAAAUUUUUUCUUAUUUCAAACUAUACCUUUUACUUUUCUUACAUCAGGACCAGAAACUGAAUAAUACCAGUUAGCAUGCUAUAGAGAUGGAAUUGAGCCUGGCCUUAUAAUUUAUCAGCUCACUCCUACUAUGCUUUAACAUGGAUUUUCUGUGGGAGCCAUAUUGGGUUUGGCUGGGCUGCAGGUAGAACAGAGGGAAGUUUGCUGUUCCAGUGGAGAUGAGGCAUUCUGGUUUAAGUACAAAAGGAUAUUCAUAGUACCAUAAAUGUGUCAGUUGUUGUUCAGUGUGUAUAAUUUUGAAGAUAUUGAUUAUACUAAAGGCUAGCUACAUGAACUCAAAC